CGCCCCGCGGCGCACGCUUGCACGGGGGCGCGGUGACAACACGCGGCCAGAGUGAACCGUGCCGAGCGCCCUGCCCGCCGUCAGCUGGUGACUUCUCCUCCGUCAGAAUCGUUUUCUCCGCUCCAGUCGUCAUCCUCGUCAAGUCGGCAUCUUCCCAGCGAUUGCCCUCAAUUUGGUCACACUCUUCUCCCCCCUGAAAGGGUCAGGGGCAUGGGGAUGGCCACCAACACCGAUAUGCCCCCAGCAUGUUUCACCUUUUUCGUCCCGCCCAACGACGGCAGCGAUGAGGACAAUCAGCAGCUACUAAGCCGCGUGAAGAGGACAGGCAAAUUUGACAGGAGCGGCACGCUGUUCGUCACGAACGAAACCAACGACAUGUUCCGCAGAGGAGGACAGUUUCCCGUGUUCCAUCUGGAAGAAAGUCAGUCGGCGCUGCGCCAAAUCCUUGGCACGCGGCCAGACCAGACGCCAUUUUUGGCGAAGAAUUUCAUUACUCCGUCGACUCUAACACGGCAGGGUCUGUACCGGCAGGUGCACCGGUUCGAGUUCGAGGAGGCGGACCCGAACGUCGCCGACACGGCCUGCAUCCUGAUGGCGUUCAAGUCGAUGCAGACGGAGCCGGACCGGGAGCUGGUGCAGCACUGGAAGUCGUGGACCGGAGCGCGCGGUCUGAUGGUGGACUUCGGGUCGGACGUGGCAGCACAGAGCGCCAGCUUCUACGUCCGCGAGGGCCCGGCCGACCUCGAUGUGUUCAUGUACAUCGUGAUCAUCAAUGUGUUCACCACAGGCGACUCCUGGUGCAUGAUCCGACAUCUGGUGCAACGGUUCCGCGUGGAGCGACAGUUUGGCUACAUCAGCGUCUACAAGGGCACGAGCCAACCCUCUGCGACGGGCAGACGAUGAGGAGGGCCAGCUGCCGGACACCAGAUGGAACGCACCUCCAUCCGUGUUGCGAGCCGUCCAGCACUGAUUCUCUUUGAGACUCGUCUGCGAUUCCACAGCACAUCCACGUUCACAUUCAUAGAAUAAUCAAGGCAACAAGCUUGAGGUGUUGGUAUCCUCAUGCACAAGAACACAGAGGAGCAGAUUUGGAAAAAAACAACUUUUCUUUAGCCAGCGGGCCUUCAUUUGGCAUUGUCCACUCUAGACAUUGCUAGAGGGCGACGCAUGUCUGCAUAAUUUAGAUGUCUCCAUAAAGCAGUAACUCCAUUUGCUGUGCCUAAAUAGUGAUGAGAGCGGUAACAGUCUCUGGUCCGCACGGUGCUACACCGCGCACCGGAGGUCUCGCUUGCCUGGCUUAGACUUAGCACAAAAUGAUGCCUUAAAGCACCUGUCUGUCUGAGGGCAACGUGUCUUAUAAAUAAGCUGUUGGCCUCUUUGUCCCAAUUGCCUGUAACCCACAAUAAAUGCAUAUGACGGAGUCCCUAACAAUGUGACAAGUUUCUUGCGAAUUUCAUGUAGACUGCGUUAUUAAAAAGACUGCUGUUCUGCAACUGCAGUAGAUUGCACUCUUGCGCGGAGUAGAACGUAAGCCAUGGGUGAAUUAUUUGCAACGGACAGGACAUCAGUGGAGCCCGCCUGCUUUUGUUUU